ACAGCCCACCCGCUCAGGGCUCAGGGCCUCAGGUUCAUCUCCUCCCUCUGUUUCUUAAACUUUUCCCUUCUCUCGGACUCUCUCCUCCCUUGCUCUUCCUUUCCUGGCGGCGACGGCUGGGCGAGCGGCGGCGCCAUUUGUCACGUCUUCGCCCAGCCCUUUGCCGGCGACGAGCGCAUCCUCCAGGGAAGAGUUGCAUCUCUCCUAUGAGAGGAUCAAUGUCCAACUAUCACGACGACCACGCUGAAGAGAUGGAGGAUGAUUAUGAUUACGACAUGGAUGAUCCUGUUGAUGACAUGGUCGAUGAGCAUCAAGAGAGAGGGUUUAGGGACUCUGAUUCGGAUGAUGAUGAUGAUUAUGUCCGCUCGAAUGCUGAUAUCCCAGAUACUUCAUCAGCAGACGCAAGAAAAGGAAAAGACAUGCAAGGAAUAAACUGGGAGAGGCUAGCUGUAACUCGUCAAAAAUACAGGCAGACCAGAUUAGAACAGUACAAAAAUUAUGAGAAUGUGCCUAAUUCUGGUGAAGAAGCAAUGAAGGAUUGCAAACCAACAGAGAAAGGUGGCAUGUAUUAUGAGUUCAAACAAAAUACUAGAUCAGUAAAAUCAACUAUUCUACAUUUUCAGCUGAGAAAUUUGGUGUGGGCUACAUCUAAGCAUGAUGUCUACUUUACGUCACAUUAUUCAAUUCGUCACUGGUCAGCAUUGAGUGGCAUCAAUACUGAACUGAUGAAUGUCGAAGGACAUGUGGCACCAAGGGAGAAACGCUCGGGAAGUUUAUCAGAGGGUUUUUCUCAGACUCAAGUUAGUACCUUGGCGGUCAAGGACAAUUUGCUGGUAGCUGGUGGUUUUCAAGGAGAGCUAAUCUGCAAACACCUUGAUCGGGAAGGAAUUAGUUUUUGCUGCCGAACAACUUAUGAUGACAACGCUAUUACCAAUGCGGUUGAGAUAUUCAAUACCUCUAGCGGUGCCGUUCACUUCAUAGCAUCAAAUAACGACUCUGGUGUGAGAGACUAUGACAUGGAGAGAUUCCAACUCUGCAAAUAUUUUCAGUUCGAAUGGCCAGUGAAUCAUACUUCAUUGAGUCCUGACAGAAAGGUGGUUGUUAUUGUGGGGGAUGAUCCUGAUGGUUUACUUAUUGAUGCCAGCUCUGGAAAGACUCUUCAUUCCAUAAAAGGUCAUCGGGACUACUCAUUUGCAUCGGCUUGGAGCCCUGAUGGGCGAACGUUUGCUACUGGUAACCAAGACAAGACAUGCCGGAUCUGGGACACGAGGAACCUCUCAAAAGCCGUCCAUGUUCUGAGGGGUAACCUCGGCGCCAUCCGGUCGAUCCGCUUCACCUCGGAUGGGCAGUUCAUGUCGAUGGCUGAACCAGCUGACUUUGUGCACAUCUACGACGUGAAGAGUGACUACAACAGAAGGCAAGAGCUGGACUUCUUUGGCGAGAUAUCUGGCACGUCCUUCAGCCCCGACACCGACAUGCUUUUCGUCGGGGUCUGGGACAGGGUGUACGGCAGCCUGCUUCAGUUCGGCCGCCUGUACAACUACGCGUACCUUGACUCCCUGUUUUGACGUGGGAACCAACCAAACGGGUGUUGGGGCCUGAUGUACCGCGGCUGCGCUGGUUGCUGUCAGCAUAAAGUCCAGGUGGUUAUCCUUAAAUCGGAACUCUAAGUUGACCUGAUAAUUGAAUUAAUAAAUGUUGUACCCUGCUCGAUGUGUAUAUAUAUAAAAAAUGUACAGCAGAUAACUAUAUAGGUAGCCUUCAUGAGGAUGUGGUGCGGCCGUGCAGGUCAUAUGUUAGAUUCCGGUGAACCGGGUCCUGUUGGCUUGGCUGUACAAGUCAUUGCCUCGGAUGUGAAGCUUCGGUUGGAGCUGUACUCUGCCCUCGUUGCCUCGCUCUGAGGUGCCCGAGUGAAGAAAUGAAUUUCGUGAAACAUGUAUGCUGGGAUGCGAUUGAAUUUGUUACUCCCUCCACUGUCUUUUAAUAGUCCUA